AAUAACCUAUAGUAAUUCAUUAUUACAAGUUUAUAAUGUUUUGAAUUACAUUUGAAUAAAGAAUUUUAUUUACAAAUUGUACGUAUGUGACUUUCUAUCGAUGUGCCAAUAGCUAUGUGAUCUUAAUGUUUCUUUUCGGAUUUACAAGACGCACAAUGAGUCACGCCACCGGGUGUGUGUCCCGCGCGAUGGGCAACUGCGCAUGCGGCCCCCGUAAGCGGUUCACCAUUUGCCUGGUGUUCUUGUCUCUUCUAGUACUCUCCCUGUUUGUCUUCAGUUUAUCGAACGUCCAGCUUCCUUGCGAGAACAAAAUGGAGCAGCAGCUUACCGAGAUCCGAGCAAACCUUGACUUUCUGGAGUCGCAGUACCGGACGCGGCAGGAGGACGUCAUUACCUUACAGGCGAAAUUACUAGGUCGGGAAGAUGUCCGGGGCAUAACAUCAGCGGACGAUGUUUCCACGUCUACAAUGUCACCAGAAGUAGUGGCGCUUUUGAAGAAUAUGACUGGAUCACGCGCGGCCGCCGGUGUUUCGCCGAAGAAUCUCCAGCCACUGCGGGUCCCGUUCGUGUACCAACUGCUGCCGCACCUAAUGAACGAUCCAUUAAGUUUGCGGCCAGCGUACCACAUGAAAGCCGGGAACACGUUUGCUGAUAUCGUUUUGGGGAUACCAACAGUGAAGAGGGACAAAGAGAGCUACCUUCUAGUCACGCUUAGUCAUUUGGUGGACGGAUUGACUGAUGAUUAUAUGAACUCGACCCUGAUCGUUGUGAUGGUAGGCGAGACGGACAUGGAGUAUAUCCUCAACACGGCCAGGCAAAUUGAAUCUAUGUUUUCAAAACAAGUGGACAGCGGUUUAAUAGAAGUCAUAGCACCUGCAGCCUCUUACUACCCCGACUUCGAGUCCCUGCCCAACACCCUCGGGGACUCGGCCAAAAGAGUGAGAUGGCGAACGAAACAGAACCUCGAUACCAUCUACUUAAUGGCGUACGCACAGAGCAAAGGCACCUUCUAUUUAAUGCUAGAAGAUGACGUCAUUGCGAAGAAGUCUUAUAUGCAGGAUAUCAAGCAGUUCACAGCGGAUACGACAAUCAGGACACCCGAUUGGUUCUUCAUAGAAUACUGCCACGUCGGUGGUAUCGGGAAGCUGUUCAGGUCGACGGAUCUGGCCAAGUUCAUCGUAUACGUGCAAUUGUUUUACAACAAUAUGCCAAUCGACUGGCUUCUAGAAAGCUACCUAGCAGACCGUGUAUGCACCAUCGACAAAACUUCGAAAGCAUGUGGCCAAAGCAAACUGCAAAUUAGACCAAAAUUUAAAACAUCUCUAUUCCAACACAUUGGGCUGUAUUCCUCUCUCAAAGGCAAGAUCCAGAAGAUUAAGGAUGCCCAAUAUGGCGCAGUACCAACCUUCUACCCCCACAGCAACCUGCCCAUUGCAAAUGUUCGAACCACUAUCGAGGAACAUACCGAUCACACGCUGAGGAGGGCCUACGACGGUCAAACCUACUUCUGGGGAGUGAAGCCGAAGAAGGGAGAUUUAAUAGAGUUUUGGUUCAACAAACCCAUCAUUCUCGAGAGGUACACAUUCCGCAGUGGUAACGUAGAACAUGUCUCUGACAAGUUGUACGACUGUGCAGUGGAGGUGUUGCCCGUUUAUAGUAAUUUCACCCAAGUGGGUGUAUUCGACGAGUUCGGUCUCGCUGACGGAGAACUGAAGAAGGAUAUCGGCCCCAUUACAGCCAUCAGGCUCAAGAUCACCAGAGACUGCAACUACUGGGUCAUUCUGAGCGAGAUCGAUCUCAGAUCGCAACCGAUUGAUUCUAGAUGACUGAAUUUUAAAACACAAUGGGACAACACCAUAGAGCGACUGGUGAAGUGAAAAAUGGACUCCCCGGCUGGCAAUUGUCAAAUUCAUGUUGAGUAACGUAUAUGUAGUAUAAGACUAUAUAGUGAGAUUUGACUAGAUGUAAAUAUUGUUGUUCAAGUAUACAUAUAGUGGGGACUGAUGGGCCCAUAACGUUUGCAUUGCUUGUCAAAGCGGAAGUUUAUGAUAGUUCUUUGUACAGUUUUUUUUUAUACGAUUUAGAAUGGCAAACAAGCUGACGGCCCACCUGAUGGAAAGUGGUAACCGUUGCCAAUAGACAUGAGCAGUACCAUGGACAUAACAGAGUAUAUUGUUUCGCCCAUGAUACCCCUCAUGCGUUGCCAUUCCUGAGGACUCAGGUGUUAUUACUCUGUACCCAGUAAAUUCACGCCAUAUCCCACACUUCAAACCGAAACACAGCCAUGCAAACACAACUGAUUCACGGUUCCAAAUGAUGGUUUAAAAGUAGUGUAACUUAUCGGAGGGAGGCGGGGAAAGGGUGGGAGCGAUUUAG